AUGUCAAAAACAAUUAUACUUUGCUUAGUAUUCUUAAGUGCUUAUCAGACUCUUUCAACUAAAAAUAGAUGUGAUUGUGUAUUGUUUAGCAAUUAAACUGAAUGUGAAAAUGUACCUUAUUGUUCUUGGAGUAAUGGAGCUUGUGGCUUAAAGAAUUGUGCUAAUAUUAUUCUUGAAAGAUGUGAAACCUUUUUCAGAUGUUCUAUUAACUAAGAUGGAUAAUGUGAAUCUACUGGAGAUUGUUCAAAAUACACAGCUACAACUUAAAUAGAUUGUAUGUUUAAAAGAGGUAAUUGUGCAGCUGAAGCCAUCUAAACUAAUGGUGUUUAUAAAUGUAGAUCAUAUACUGCAGUUACUUGUGCUUCAUAAACUUCAGAGAAUUGUAAAAAUAGUUUUGAAAAUGAGAAUUCAUUUUGUUGGCUUAAUUAAUAAGGAAAAUGUUAGAGUUAUGAUCCAAAUACUUGUUCUGGAAUUCCUCUUGAAAUUUGUUCCAAUUUAGGAUGUGAUGCUUCAGGUACAGAAUGCAAGGCUUAUACUUGUGGAUCCAAUUUAACUGUUAAUACUUGUAUUCUAGCAAAUGAUGGAUAUUUUGGUGCCAAAACACUUUGUAAAUGGAAUACAACUACAUAAAAGUGUGAAGAGAGAUCAGAUAUAACAGAAUUAACAUAAAAUUAAUGUUCACUAUUAACAGAUGGUGGAUUUUAUUGGUUAGAUGAUAAAUGUACAGUAUGUCCAAAUGAAGACAAUACAGAUGAUACAAGCUAUGAGAUUUUAUUAUCAUCAUUGAUAAUUAUUCAUCUAUUAUUGUAAUGA